AUGUUCGGCCGCUUGAUCUACAUUCUCACCCUCGCCCUGUCUGUCGUCGCCUGGCCUGCCGAGACCGGCACUCAGCUGUAUCUCCUCGGCGGCACCUGCCUCAACCUCGAAGGACUCGUCGAUUACGGCGCCAAGCCCAUCCUACCGACUACACGAUUGAGACUGUUGGCCGCCGCGGCGGGCACACCGGGCGCUGCUUGA